GGACGCCGCUGACGCCGCCGGGCUGCAGCCGAGCCGCCGGGAUGCUUAGGGCUCCCGAGCCGCGGCCCAGGGAGGCGGGGGCGGCCACCCAGUCCAAGCCGCUCACCUCCUUCCUCAUCCAGGACAUUCUGCGGGACGGCGCGGAGAGGCGCGGUGGUCACACGAGCAGCCCGCAGCCCCCGCGCCAGCCGGACCCGCGGCGAGACCAGGAGCUGGAGCCCGAGCGAGGAAGAGGCGGCGCUGGGGCGCCCGAGGACGAGUGGAGCGCCCGGCCCGGCACCGGGCAGGAGGCCGAUGCGCCGGCGGAGAACGAGCCAGAUAGACACUUUGAGACUUAUCUGAUGGACUGUGAAAACAGUGCAGGCUCCUUACCAAGCCUUCCGCAAACCUCGAAACAGCCGCAGAAGCGCUCCCGUGCUGCCUUCUCCCACACUCAGGUCAUUGAGUUAGAGAGGAAGUUCAGCCACCAGAAGUAUCUGUCAGCCCCUGAAAGGGCUCACCUGGCCAAGAACCUCAAGCUCACUGAGACCCAAGUGAAAAUAUGGUUCCAGAACAGACGCUAUAAGACCAAGCGAAAGCAGCUCACCUCGGACCUGGGAGACCUGGAGAAGCACUCCUCCCUGCCGGCUCUGAAAGAGGAGGGCUUGUCCCAGGCCUCUCUCAUCUCCAUGCAUAACAGCUACCCUUACUACCCCUACCUGUACUGCUUGGGAGGCUGGAACCCACCUUUCUGGUAGUGCCAGCUCAGAUGACAAUCAUGAGUGGUCAAAUACUGUCUUCCCUGGGUUUGCGUCUCUGGAGGGCAAAAGGGGCCAGGCUCAGGGAGGACUGGGGAGCAAGCCACGUGCGUACUGACCCUGUUGCCGGUUUGCAUCGACAUCCCAGAUUCUUCACUGGUGAGCCAAUGAAAGAUCUGGGACAGUGAAUAAUAUCCAGAUAGAUCCCCCAACACAUGAUGUGGGACGUUUUUUUGCUCUUUGAGACCUCCGCCAAGUGGGGAGGGAUAAAGUCAAGUGCUGUUUCUAGCACUUCCUGUGAUUUCAUAUGAGCUGUCCCCAUCACUCCUGAGGAUGCCAUUUCCACUCCAUCCUCUUGUGUAACUGAACAUCAACCCUGAAACCGCGAACCUGAAGGGGAAAAGGAUGACCAAGUCGAGGGUGUCACCUCCCGAAUUACACUUAAGUUCCAAAACCUCUCAUUGACCUUGGAAUACGACCAAGGUUCCUCUGUCCCCAUAAGAGAGAGGAAGACAGAGGCUCAAAGAGAAGCCUGUCAUGCUCAGCACGGACCUGCAUGGGAUUUGAAGAUCGGUACAAGGAGGUGAAAAUAUAAGCUGCUGCUUCUUCCUUUUUAAAUAACACACCGACCUAAGUAUUUCCAGGGUGGCCCAAGCAGAACUCGAAGCACUCACUGUGGUUUUAGUACAAGCUGUAUAAACAGAAAUGUACUGCAAGGGGUGGGCCCGGGACAGAAGACUCUCCACAUGUCGGACAACGGCCUGAGGAGGAGCCUCUGCACUGCG